AUGUGUUGUACACUUAGCUGCAAGGAGAAACAAAAACUACUCAGCUCGGGACAUAGCUCACAUCACCUCCGAAGCGUACUUCCAGUUGCCUGGCUCAGACCAGACAUCUGGUGGAUCACUGAAGUCACUGAAGCUUCGACGGAAUUUGGCUCCCGCGAGCAUUCAGCCUCCCGACGAUUACUCGCAGACCGAUCACAGAUUUAUAUACUAAUUUUUGGACAUAAUCAUCAACGCCUGGGCAUUUGGUCUAGUGGUAUGAUUCUUGCUUUGGGUGCAAGAGGCCGCGAGUUCGAUUCUCGCAAUGCCCCAAGGAAGUUUAUUUUGUAA